CUACGUACAUCUCGCUUCUCACCCAGCUCAUUAUAGAAAGCUAUGAAGGGGAAAAAGUCCGUGGAUUAUAUGAGGGAGAAGGAGUAGCAAAAUUCCAUGGAGGAAAUGAAUACCGAGGCAUGUUCUCUGAAGGCCUCAUGCACGGAAAAGGAACCUACACAUGGGCGGACGGAGUGAAGUAUGAGGGGAACUUCGUGAAGAACGUGCAGAUGCACCAGGGCCGUUACACGUGGCCCGACGGCAGUGUCUACGACGGCCAAGUGAAGAGCGGCAUCAGGCACGGCUUUGGCACGUACACGUGUGGCACCCAUCCCAUUUCGUAUUCUGGCCAGUGGUUUGAAGGCAAAAGGCAUGGGAAGGGCAUCCUUUACUACAACAAGGAAGGCUCUUCCUGGUACGAAGGUCAAUUUGUGAACAAUGUCAAAAGUGGAUGGGGAUUAAGAUGCUACAAAUCUGGCAAUGUCUACAAAGGCGAUUGGGAGAGAGACAUGCGCCACGGCCACGGAACGAUGAGUUGGUUGACAACAGAUCAGGAGUACACAGGGCAGUGGGUGAACGGAUUACAGCAUGGGCAGGGCAUUCACACGUGGUACCUGAAGAGAAUAUCUGGGUCCCAGUAUCCCUUAAGGAAUCAAUAUGUUGGAGAUAUUGUCAACGGGAAUCGCCACGGUCACGGAAAGUUCAUCUUUGCCAGCGGAGCCGUGUACGACGGAGAGUGGGUUUUCAAUAAAAAGCACGGCAUGGGUAAACUUAUUUUGAAGAACGGCCGCCAGUACGAAGGUGAAUUUAUAGACGAUCGUUUAGCAAAGUACCCAGCUUUACAGAUUGAUGACGCGAACAUGCAUAAACUGAGCCACAUUUGUACUCCAAGUCCCUUUGGCACUGGUGAGCAGAUCGAAUUGCGGCGGGCGGCUAAAAAUAGGCAUAUGCUCACCCAGUUACUUUAUAGAACAGGGCAACUGUAA